CACCCUCAAGAGACGGUCGUCCUCUUCUGAAAAAAAAAGAAGACGGUCGUCCGGUCAGGGCCACGGGCGUCAGCGCACUCCGGCGUCCCUCUCUGCCGGCGGCCGGCGGCGCCGCAUCCCGGCAGCCCCCAUAAGCAAGUAGUACAAGACUCGCCUCUGAGCUGAACCAAUCCCCAGAAAUGGCGACCAAGCGGCCGGGCCGGCACGGGCGCCGGCCGACGCUCCACUUAGGGCGGGCCUCUCCUCUGCUCCGCAGGGAGGACCAAGGCCAGCAGGAAACCUCUGUCCCUCCGGUAAGUAGGAAUCUUUUACCCAGAACACAAUGCCACAGAAGUGAGGUGUUCGCUGUUCUAGCUGCUGCUACAGAUCUAUUGGGCUCCAGUUCAGUUACUAGCACUUGCCUCCCUCACCAUUUUGUUAUUUCUAUACAGAAAUUACUCACCAAUUCACCAAGGAAAAUUCGCUAGAUUUUUGUUGUGCUCCAUCCUGGACUCUAAGAAAGCAAUUACAGCCACAUUACAAGUUAACUGUUCAACUGUAUACUGUGAUCUUAAAACAUUUUGGGAGUACUGCCACACGCUUCGUCGGUGAUGACGCUUGGAGACUGACCUCUGCUGUUGUACCGACAUUCUAGAAUGCAACUUUAACCGAAGUUGUUCAAUUAAUGAGCAGCAAGAUCGUCCAUUGAGCGGACAAGCCUUGUAACCUUUUAUCUUUAUAUCCUGCAAAUAAUUAUUAUUUUCUGUCUUUUGCAAAAGCAAAAGAUAAUCAUCUCUAGAAAAGAGAAAAAUGAAAGUAAAAGAUUACAGAACUCUACCUCCUGGAGUAAUCCAGUAUCAGGGAUUCUCUUCUGUCCUGUUCAAUUUAACAACUUACACUCAGAGUGAUUGUCUUACACUCUUUCAGCGUCAGGCAUGUUUUCUUAUUGUGGCCCCAGCUCAGCCUCUAAGAAAGCAAUUGUUUACAUCGUAAGCUACUCCCUCCGUCCCAUAAUAUAAGAGCGUUUUUGACACUAUGUGUAGUGUCAAAAAUGCUCUUAUAUUAUGGGACGGAGGGAGUAGAUGUUUUAAAAUAUAUGGUAAACCUUAAAGGAAGGAAAUUCAGGUGCGUCUGUUUCUUUGUUCCACUUUGCUGAUGUAUUGUAGUACUAAUUUCUAUCUCGGAGGAUAAAAUGGGUUUUGCUGUAUGUACUAAAUCUGGUCAGAUGGUUUAGAACAAGGAUAUAUGUAGAUGGUGUGCAUCAAGAGUCGGUAACAGGCUCGCAUGUUCGAGUACGAGGGUCACCAUUUUUAGUUGCAGGUAGUUUGCAUACAAUGUUUCGAGAAGUGUGUGAAGCAUUUUCUGAUUUAUACAGGAAAAUGUUAAGCAAGUUAGCCUCACACCACCUCCAUAGAGAAAGAGAGUAGGAACUCUUGUGAUUAGGACUCGUAUAGGAAUCCAUGUAGCACAUGUCUCCAAUCAUCCAAAUUGGAAAUGCAAGUAAAACCCAAAUUCAGAUGCUCUACUAGAGAGUUUCUUCAAUUGGGAUGUCUUGAAAGACACAAAAGUUGUUCAACUAGCAGGAAAAUCCAAUAGUGAACACUGACCAGACAGUCUAACAAUCUUUGAUCUUUAUCUUUUUAUCUUGCAGCUAGCUAGACACAAGCAAAGGGUUGAUUUCUGUCUUUAGCAAAGCAUAAGGCAAUCGUCCUGUUUUUCUCUGCACUUUUUUCUUUCCGAUAUUUCUGUAAACAGGUUGCUUAUGUUGUAACUUGAGAAUAUGAUACUUCUUACUAUAUGUGAUAGAUACAGUCAUCAGAAUGUAUAAAAAUUGCAUGCUGAUGUUUAGUACAUUCAGAGUGGCUUCACAAUUCUAGAUAGUGUCGAUAUUAUAUGGAGGUACUUUGCUUAAAGUUUCUAGUAGUGUAUGAAGCAUUUUCUGAUUUGUGUAGGUAAGUUAACUAGUUAAGUAAGCAUGUCAGCCUCUCACAUUACCUCCAAACAGAGAGCUGUUAUCACUGUCAAUAGGACUUGAAUAGGAACCUGUGUAGCACAUGAAAGUUAUAAAUAGGAUUAGAGAUAUGAGUCAAAUCCCUGAAUCUAACUUGCAUCACAUUAUUUUUCCUUAUAAUUAUAUAGGAAUCCUACCUUACUGGAAUUGCAAUGCCAGCUACAAGCAUACAAUUUGUUUCUGUCUUUAGUGAAAGCAAAAGAUAAUCCUCACAAGAAACAGCAAAAAAGUAAAGCAAAAGGUAAGGAAUAGUACUUCUUGCUUUUAUUCUGUCUAAGGUAUUUGUGCAUACACAGAAGCACGAGGCACCCUAAAUGUUUUAUUGCAGCAUGUAGCAUGUCCUCUAUUCCGCUCUCCGGUCUAUCUAGCCAGCUUCUUGUGGUGUCUAAAUGAUCUAUUUGGCUUCUUGUAGCUGCGUAUCUCUACAUAGUAUCAAUUAUUUCUUCACCAAGGAAAUAAUCCACUACUUCUCAAGGAAUUCAGACGGAUACUUGCAGUGAGAAUACUGGUCGAGGAUAACCUGGAAAUAGAAUUAAUCUAGAGACUAGAGAUUCCAGCAUCUUGCGGUCUUGCCAAUUCAUCAUGCGUACGGAGGUUAUCAAGGCAGACACCAUUGAUGCGGCUGUUGAAGGAAUUCUCAAUGAACUCAAGGAUACUGGUAGAAGAGAAAAUUUCAUCUACUUUGAUGGCUGGGACGGGCUUGGGGCAUCUACGGUGCUGCAAGUUGUAGCCCAACAUCUGGCAUCAAACAAGAAGACAAGACCUCCAGGACUGUUGUUUGAGCAUGUCAUCCACAUUGACUGUUCAAAGUGGGAGAGCACAAGAGCAGUGCAGAGGGAAAUCUCUAUGCAGCUGAAGCUUCCCAGUCAAGUGAUUGAGAUGUUUAACAAGCAAGAUGAGGAGGAUGAUUUCAGUGGAAUUACUGAUCAAGGCUCUCGCACGAAAAUACCAGAGGUUGCGGCAGAGAUCGAGAGGAGCAUACAGGGCCGCAGGUUUCUGCUGGUUCUUCAGAAUGGAGGGGAUGAGGAGGUUAACAUAGCUAACCUUGGUCUUUACAUAUACGGGUACUUGAGUAGCAAGGUGGUAUGGACCUUCCAAGGGAGGUUCCGGAUCGACUCCAAGAUGAGAGAAAAGGUCAUGAAGAAGAACACAACAGAUGUUCUUCUCUCAGCUUCAUGCUCUGAGCGAGAUACACAAGAGUUGUGGUCAUAUCUACUUCGUGAAGAGGCUAUACAAGUUGUUUGCAAGUAUGGCAUUGACCCUGCAAUAGCUGUUAAAUGCUUCUUGUAUAUGUUCACACUAAAUUGCAUCCGCGGCCAUCAUGUCGAAACUGAGUUUGAUUUGGCUAUACAUACUUGCAACUAUUGGAUGUGUGAUGGGAUCAUACAGAAAGUCACGGACAUCAAUGAAGCGUGGCAAGUCAUAGAUUUGGGCUUGAAGGUGCUCGAGCUUCUCGUGAAGCUUUAA